UUUAAACUCUGAACCGGAAGUCGAACGCGCGUUGUUUAUUGUUGUCAGCAACCGUUGCUGUUUGUCGCGUGUUCCUUUCUCUGAUUCUUUAAGGGGUAUUUGAACCCCACUUUGCCGCCGGAACCGGCCUCUUUCCACCAGAACUCUGGUUUCAACCGUCCAGAACUCUUCGGACCCGGAUGCUGUCGAAGCGGGAAGUCUGAAAUCGGAGCAGAUCGCGCGUGUUGAAUCGAAGUUAAAAGCCCCGGAUGUUGGGUCAAGUCGGUCCUGAUGAGUCCGUGUUGAUCCGGUCCGCCCGGGCCCCGCACCCGGUACCGGGGCCGCUCCGGAUGAGCGACCAGAGACUACGGAGCGUUACCGAGAAACUCCGACCGAAGCCGGAAAAGGCAGGUCCUCCGCGGGCAGCAGGACCCUCUCAACCCGGUGAGCUUAUUGAUCCACUAGACAGAAUGAAGAGACCUGGACCACCCAAAGACAUCAGAGAGCCCAGAAGAAGACCGCCCCCAGCAGCAGAGUCCAGUCCAGGGGGGACACAGGGAGACCAGCAGCCUGGUCACGACCUUUUGACGUCCCGCUUCCAUCCUGGAGGUCGGGGAGUCGUCUUCGCGGCUCUGAAACAACGUUCUCACAGCGCCCCCCACAGGAGGGAGGUCAAAGUGCAGCUGUUUGACCCUGGGCCACUCAGGACCAGCUCCCAACAUGCAGUGGGUGUGGAGUGCCGGAUGGAGGCGGGGCCUCUCUCUGGUUUCCAUAGAGACGCCACCAACGCUUUCGUCAAGAGGCCGCUGCUGGAGUCUUCCCUUAAUGUGGUGACAGACCCUUCAUUCGUGACCUCUGACCUCACAGCGUCAGGUCAGACUCCCCGUCUCCAGGUCACUCACCUGGACUCGGCAGCUGGCGUCCUCAGCCACCAUCAGCAAAGCUCCCUCAAUGCCAUGGCGACCGGCACAGUUGCUAUGGCAACAACCCGUCAUGACCAACGGCCAGAGCAAACCAGAGAUGGAUCAAUCGUUUCCACGGUUACCCUGCCACCUGCAGGGAGUCACCUGCAUCCGUCAACCAAUCACAGUGAGGGGACGACAAGGAGAGCCAAUGAGACACUGAGGGAAAUGGGACGUUUGAAGACUGAACUGAAGAUGCUACUGAGAUCAGAAGACUCUCUGAAGACCACCACAUCUGGACCAGACCGACACCAGUCCCAACAAACCCAGUCCCUGUCCCAUCAAGGUCCUUUCCAACCAAACCAGACCCGUCAUUGUCAGUCACGGUCCCAGCAGCACUUCCAGUACACUCCGGUCCAGAAGAAACCUGUGGUUCUAUCCGCGUUGGAGGAGGCAGGUCUGGUUCUCCAUCGGGUGCGGAGACAGAAGAAGGUUCUGGAGGAAAACCUGGAUGCCCUGCUGAGAGCCCAAAGCGGAGAGGUUCUUCACCUCCAGCUGGACGCACUGGCAGCUAACAGAGACUGGAGGGAGGAGGUCCGGAUCAAGAAGACUGUGGAUGCUUGGAUCAAUACUUCAACCAUCCAGGAGGAGACGUCCUCAGGGUUUGCGAUGACAUCACAGCAAAGGGCCGCUGGAAACUCCGCCCACACAGGUCGGGGGAGGCCGGGGAACGUGCUCAGAGCAACAGGAAGUGAGCGUGCGGGGGGGAGAGGAAGUCGGGGACAGAUGCCGGGGGCGGAGCCUGACUCGGCCACAGGUGAGUCGUACCUGACUCGUUUGUACGGCCGAGCUCCGUAUGAAGGUCUGAGGCGGACCCUGAAGAAGAGUCCGUACCUGCGCUUCAGCUCACCUGUCUCUCGGCUCAGCAGAAAGCCCCGCCCCCGGCUGGUGGAGAGCGUCACAGGUGUGAAGGUGAAGUCUCGUAAGACUCAGACGUCACCUGGGCGACCUCAGGACUGUGACAUCAUCAGUUCCAUCCCCCUGACUUGUGGUGACCUCACAGAAAGCCCAGCAGUCAGAGGCUCCGUUGCCAUGGCGAUUCCAUUGGGACGUCCCAGGACAGACUCGCCCUCCGUUGCUGAGCAUCGACAGGAAGUGACAUCGCCACCUGUAGCUCCUUCUGCAUAUUGUGUGGUUGCCGCGGACGACAGAGCGUCUGAGCCACAGAGGGUGGAGCAGCUGGAGGCCCCUCCUCCUCUUAACAUAAUUGAGAACAAGAGUGAAGAAGAGGAGUUCAACGAGGAUGCCUCUCCUGGAACUGAAUUCUUGUCUGUGGCGGAUGUCGUACAGAAAGAGCUGAGCUUCGAAGGUGAGGAGGAGGUGCAGCUGGAUGGAGGUCCGUCUCCUCCUCUGGUUCUUUAUCAGGGUCCAGUCUUUCCUCCACAGAUAAGAUCCGUCCUGCAUACGACAGAUCAGGUCUCUGUGCAGGACCUCGAUCUGCAGAGAGACGUCCUCGAGAACCGGCUGGUGGAAUGGGUGCAGCAGCAGCUGAUGUCUCGCAUCAUCUCAGAGAUGUACCCACCCUCUCCUUCUGAUCCCGGCCAGAAGGGCCCGGCUGACCAAUCGGAGUCCACGGAGCAGAGCGCUGCCCCAGACCCUGUAGCGGCAGCAGGAGGUGGAGGUUUGCAGCUCUUCGUUGACUCCAACAUGUCAGUGAACUCGGCUCUGAUCCGUCAGCUGGUUAGUGAGGUUCUGACCGAGCAAGUGGCCCUGCUGCUCGGACAGAGUGACUUACUGGACCCGGAACCAGAGCCACCGGAACCAGGUCCACGAUCCCAUAAGGAGGAAGAACUGGUUCCACUGACUCCUGCACCAGUACCGACACCUCAGCAUUCCAGCAGAGAGGCCACGCCCCCUCCCUCUGAACCAACCAGCAUGCUGAAUGACGAGUCUCCUCAGCCAAUCCCAGCCGCAGAGCUUGUAGCCGCACCCACCUCCAGCCUAGAGCCCGCCCCCUCUGCAGGAAGUCCUCCUGCUGUCCAUGGAGGAAGUCCUUCUGCUGUCCAUGCAGGAAGUCCUCCUGCUGUCCAUCAAGCCCCUCCCCCUCUGUCCUGGGAAAAUGUUGAGCUGCCAUUGGAUGAGGAGAGACCAGAGGAACACCUGGAGACACGCUCAAAUCUGCUGGUGAUGUCAGUAGCAGAAGAGGAGCCUCCUUUCUUCUCCCCUGUUCCACCCCCCUACAUUUCCCCUCCUCCCUCCCCCGCUGUUCUUCCUCAUGGUCCUGAUCCCAGACCAGAGUCUCCUCUUCCUCGUGGUCCUGAUCCCAGACCAGAGUCUCCUCUUCCUCGUGGUCCUGAUCCCAGACCAGAGUCUCCUCUUCCACGUGGUCCUGAUCCCAGACCAGCAUCCUCCUCCAGCUCCUCAGAGGAGUCCUGCAGCACGGUGACUGCAGAGACGGAAGCGGCACUGAAGCACAUCUCAGAGGGAGAACUGCUCCUCUGUGUCCACCAGCUGGCUGCCACGGCAGAGGACGUCUUCAGUUUCUCCAGCUCUCUUCAGGAGAUACAGGAAAUGGACUUUGACCCCUCAAGUGAAGGACAGGUCAGAGGUUGUGACUUGUGGAAGUCUAAAAAGGGCGCCAGAAGGAGGGAUCAUGGGGAGGAGGUGAGGCAGAGCGGGACUGAACAGGACAGCAGCUGUUCACCUGGACAGAUCCGUGCAGCAACCAAUCAGAGCUCAGUUGCCGUGGGUGACCUGAUGGCAGAGCCAAUCAGGACUCUGACCUCUGAGCUCCAGACCGACGGGUCCUUGUCUCCUUUGUCUCCUCCUCACCUGGACGACACACCUACUGCAGCACAGAGCGGAGUCAUGAGGGAGGAGGUCCACCUGCCCUUCAUCACACGGGAGGAGGAGGAGGAGGAGGAGGAGGAGGAGGUCAGUGUAGCAGCAGAAACAAACUCCUCCACUGAUGACGUUUUCUAGAAAACCUUCUUCGGCCUCAUCGUCGGCUGAUGAUGUCACAUCGACUUUUCUCUCUUUUGUGACCUUUGACCUCAGUUCAGCUGAAUACAUCAAGUUUUAUUUUUCAGCGGGUUGUGAUGCUUUUGUGGUCUGAUUUCUUUGAACAACCGUGAAAAUUAAACUUUGUUUCAUGAAAUAUA